CAUGAUCUUUGCCUCCAUAAUAAAUUUGAAGAAACAGUAAUUUAAUUAUGUAAACAAGAUUUAAUUUUGAUUUCUUGAAUUUUAAUGAAUAAUGGAUUGGAUUCAUUGUAAUAAAUGUUUUGCUCAAUUGGAACCUGGAAUAACGCUCCAUUUAACUUCAUGCGGUCAUAUGUUUUGCAACAAUUGUUUAGGCAAUGGUUUAAAAGAAAGUACCUGUUUAGUAUGCCGCAUGCCAUGUUCUAUUAUGAAACUCGUCCCAGACAUGAAACAAGAGAUACAAGACUAUUUCACAGACCCAGAAGAGAUAAUUAAGAAAACGUGCGAAGUGUUACAAUUCCAGAGGCAGCAUCGAAGGAGAUUGAUAUCGUAUCUUUUGCAGUCGACAAAGAAAUUUUAUACAGCUCGGAACGAGUUGAAGCGAAUGACUGAUUUGUGUCAACAACAACACAAACAGCUGAAGGAGUAUCAGAAAAUUAUAAAGAAUUUGGAAGCACAACUCGCGAACCAGUCAAAGCAUACAUCCCCGUUUAACAUCCCAAUAUCGCCGGGCAGCAACAUAUCUCCAAGCUUCAUUCAAAGCAGCGUUGCGAGUAAGAGACCAGCUAAGAGCACUCCAUACACGCCGUAUCAGUCGAACCUCGUGACCCCAACGCGGUUAAGUAAACAGCGAUCAGCCAAUUUCAGCGCUCAUAGUCAGCGUUCAAAUACGUCCAACAAGAUAUCUUCAACGGUGUUCACUCCGCCCACUCCAGAAUCGGCCGGAUCUCGUCUCAGUCAGCGCAGUAAUGAAUCUGGUUAUUUGUCUAACAGUCCUUGGGUACUGUCCCAAAAUAACUGGUACUUCAACCACAGCAAGAAGCAAUAGGAACAAUAUUGUGCACUUAAUUAUAAUUUAGUUGUUACUUUGAUUGUUAGUUUUAUACUGCAUGUUAAUAUCUUAAAGUUUAAUAAAGUUCUGAUUGUAAUUUGUUA